AUGAGCUCCAGAGUUGAAGGUGAUGAGGCCCUCGGGAUCAUCUCCAGGCUCCGCUUCAACUACGACCUGACGUGCAAAGAGUACAGCAUUCUGACUUCUUUUUUGGGGGGCAGAAGCCUGUGGAAGGCGGCACUCUUUUUCUUUGAGGACAUGAAGGAGAGUCAGGUCUCGCCCGACAGCGUGGCUUACACUGCGGCAAUCAGUGCGUGCAGGAGGGUGAAGCGAUGGCAACAUUCUCUCGUCCUUCUGGAAGACAUGAAGGAGAGCCAGGUUCUUCCGACGCUCCCAAGUUUGAAUGCUGUGAUAUCUGCAUGUGGGCAAUCCGGACAGUGGCAACAUGCACUCAUGACAUUCCAAACGAUGAAAGACUAUGCUGUGAGUCCGGACCAGUGGUCGUUGAACGGUGCUUUGGAGGCAGCUGCCUGUGGUGAGCAGUGGGCUCUCGCGAUACAAUUGCUCGCAGCGCUGCACUCACUUCGACUGGAAGCCCAGGCAGGUGCAGUGGGAGAAAUAUGCAGCAAAGUGUGGUUCUGGGGACUUGUGGCAUCACCAGGAGUCCCGACCAGAAAUGAAUCCCGACUAUACUGCCGGUCCAGACAAUGCUAA